AGCUCUGUCCUCCGGGGCACGGGAAAUCUUCACAAUGGGAAUGGAUCCAUCAUGUUUUCACAUUCUUUUCAGGUAAACACCGUUUGACUUGUUUUAUUUGUCUUCCCUGUAUAUUGUAUUUUAAAAUAAUAAUCUGUGCAAAGACAGAUAAAGUUCCUGCAUUGCUCAGACUGCAACAAAAAAAAAGCAUUUAUGGCCACAUUACAUGUUAAAGUGGAAGACAGCCUUUUUGCCAUUGACAAGGUCUUGCUGUCAGAGAACUGUGAGUAUUUCCAUGCUCUCUUUGAGUCGGGGAUGCGAGAAUGCCAGCAAGAGGAAAUUCACCUGCUGGGGUUAAGUGCCAGAGGGUUUGAUAUCAUGCUUAAGGUCCUGGGAGGUGAGAGGCCUGCUCUGAGCUGUGAUGAAAUCAUUGAAGCCGUAGAAUGUGCCGCGUUUUUACAAGUGAAGUCGCUUGCCAAACAUCUAAUUAAUUUAGUUAAUUCCAGUAACUGCAUUGAGAUGUAUCACGCUGCAUCCACAUAUGGCCUGCUGGAUCUGUACCACAGAUGCGCUCUGUUCAUUAGGGACAUGCAUUCGGAUUUAAAAGAAGCUUUGGAAUGUCUUCCCAUGGAUCUUUUGGACUAUGUUGACUCUCUCAUUCCCAGUACAUUUAUCGCUGUUGGGGCCUAUUCACCCACCUUUGUGCAAGAUUCCUUGAGGUCUGUUUGCUAUUUGGAUGAAGCCAGCAAGACGUGGAAAAUCUUAACUGACUUGCCAGCUGAAGCAAGCACGGCCCUGGCAGGUGUCACUGUCUUAGACAACAAACUGUACAUCGUUGGAGGGGUCUAUGGCGUCAGCAAGCAGGUGGUGGAGUUAAGUUUCUGUUACGAUCCUGAAAGAAAUUCCUGGAGUCACUUUUCCAGCCCUCAGCAGCUUCGCUACAACCUGACGUUGAUGGGACUCAACGGUUACCUUUACGCAAUAGGAGGAGAGUAUGACAGAAGGAUUAUUGCGUCAGUGGAGAGAUACCACGUCUCAACAGACACGUGGUCUUUUGUCUCGCACCUGCCACGCCCUGCCGCUGGGGCUGCAUGUGCCCUGGCAAUGGGAAGGAUGUUUGUUUGCUUGUGGAAGCCAACCGACACGACAGAUAUUUAUGAGUACGACCCUGGUAAAGAUCAGUGGCUUCUCAUAACGACUUUAAUAAGACCUCAGAGCUAUGGACACUAUAUGGUGGCCCAUAGGGACAACCUCUACGUGAUGCGGAACGGCCCCUCUGAUGAUUUUUUGAGAUGUAUGAUAGACUGUUUUAAUAUUACCACCCUGCAAUGGACGGUGAUGGCCGGGCAGUACGUGAACAGCAAAGGCGCCCUGUUCACAUCUGCGGUCAAGGGGGAUUCUGUGUUCACAGUAAACCGAAUGCUGACUCUUGUUUAUUCUGUGGAAGAGAACAUGUGGAAACCCAAGAAAGAAAUGCAGGGCUAUCAAUGGUGCGGCUCCUUGCAGACAUGUUUCUUGAGAGUACCAAAGAGGAGCAGUGAUGACCUUCCCACUGACUGUAUAAUCCACACAGGUCAACAAGAGCCAGAGGAUAUAAAACCCUAACGGGAGCUGGACCUGAACACAGCCACAGUGUACUGUCCCAUCCUCUUUCUGGUGCACCAGGGCUUCUGAAGUUCCAAUACGAAACAGCAUCCCUAACCAACAGGAAACACAUGUUUAGAAAGGAGGUUUGGGACAUCACCUGCCUGUAUGAAAGACAAGACUGAAAGAGAAGAACAAAAUAUCAAAAACCACCAUUUCAGUUAAAGCUUCUCACGCUUCAGAAUAAGUAGAUGGUCAGACAGGCCUCAGUCUACUUGGGUUAACCAAGGACACAUGUUUCUGAAAAUCACAGACGUCAGAUAUAAAUGAAGUAGUGCAGUCUUUUUUCAAGGAUGUUGCUUGUUUUCCAAACAACAACUGUUAUCUCCAAAACACAAUUACUUUCCUAUCGAUUUGUUUUCAUACGUUUACAGUGGUGUACCAGAGACACUUUUGGAGUUUUUGUUUUGUAAUUUGAAUAUAAUAUAAAUAACCCUGUGUAGACAUAUUACUGAAUAAGCCUAUAGCAGUUUUAUUAAAACCCUGUGUGAAAAUUGAAGUGUCUGAAAUGUUUCAAUUUAUUCCCCAUUCCCUCCUGAUUGACCUCUGA